UCCAACGGCGCGGCGUGCGGGAACGAUGGAGCCUCCUGCGCCGCCCGCCACGGAGGCUGCGGACCCUGGGGGGGCCGAAGCGUACUGCAGCCCCGAGGACGGUCGGGAACCGGACGCAGUGCGCUUCGACCGCGAGAGGGCGCGCCGCCUGUGGGAGGCUGUGUCCGGUGCGCAGCCGGCGGGAAGGGAGGAAGAACAGUUUCCCCCAAAUUCUAGGACUCAAACUCCGGUAUCGCCUCUGUCAACCUGCAUGACUUGUCCCUCUGCAGUGGAGCACAUGAUCCAGAAGAACCAGUGUCUCUUCACCAGCACCCAGUGCAAAGUCUGCUGCGCCAUGCUGAUUUCGGAGUCGCAGAAGCUGGCCCACUACCAGAGCAAAAAACAUGCCAACAAAGUAAAGCGCUACCUAGCAAUCCAUGGACUGGAGGCACUAAAGGGGGACGUGAAGAGGCUGGACGCAGACCAGAAGAGCAGCAGAAGCAAAGACCAGAACCGCUGCUGCCCCACCUGCAACAUGACCUUCUCCUCCCCCGUCGUGGCGCAGGCGCACUACCUGGGGAAGACCCACGCCAAGAACCUAAAGCUGAAGCAGCAGGCCACCAAGGGGGCAGCCUUGCACCAGAGUAGAGAGAUGCUAGACCCAGACAAGUUCUGCAGCCUCUGCCAUUCAACGUUCAAUGACCCUGCCAUGGCGCGACAGCACUACAUGGGCAAGAGACACAGGAAGCAGGAGACGAAGCUCAAGCUCAUGGCGCACUACGGGCGGCUGGCGGACCCUGCUGUCUCUGACUCGCCAGCUGGGAAAGGCUAUCCCUGCAAGACGUGUAAAAUAGUGCUGAACUCCAUCGAACAGUACCAGGCUCACGUCAGCGGCUUCAAACACAAGAACCAGUCGCCCAAAACAGUGGUGACACCUGUGAGCCAGGUGCCAGUGCAAACCCAGCCCACUCCAAAGGACUCAAGCACAGUGGAAGACUAGAGUGUUUCUGCCUGGCCAGCCUUGUUGGCACAGCCACGAGCCAGUUCCUGGUGACUAUGGUUAGCCCUGGCUCCCUCUUCCUCCUUUCUUCUGUCAGAAGAAUGUGGAGGCCAGAUUGGGCACAGCCAGCCUCAGCCUGGACCUGGAUUGAGCUCUUCCCGCUCCUCCUCUUUAGUGUGGCCCCAAGGUCAUGACCAGAGUCAGGCCCUGGGAAGACCUGAGGUGGUGGCUAGAGGUCAGCCUUCCCCGCCCCUCUGGGUGUGUGUGCUGGGAGCAAGUCCCUGCAGCUGAGGGAGGCACGGCCUCUGUGCUCUAGCAGCGCCUGUGCACUGGAACUUUCCUGAAGACUUUGCCAGAGCAGCACACGAGAGCCUGGAGUUAGUGUGUCAGUCUGUCUGCAGGUGGAGGCCCUGCCAACCGUGAAGUCUCCUGGGACACACAGUCCUCGAAGAGCCCUGCCAUCCCUGCUGCCCGUCUCUCCAUCCCGAGUGGUGCUGGGCAUCUGCAGCAGACCCAGUGCCCGGGAAAUCGUGGGAAGCACCCUAGGGGCCUCGGCUUUAUCGGGGUGCUGUCACCCGGGCCCCCUGAGAAAGGCUCCUGCCUGCUGUGUGGCCCCUUGCUUCUGCGUCCUGCCAGCCUGCGGGAAGGUUACCUGAGGAGUUGUGUGCCCUUGUGCUCUGCUCUAGGCCGUCCCACCCAGGCUGCUGUGGUGCUAUCCCUCCCCAUCAUCCUCAAGGAGACUGGGGAUGCCAGGAGCCAGGGGCCACUGAGGAGGGCUGUAGAGCUGGUGCAGGCCCCACUGAGCAUUCCCUGCUGCUGCUUUACGUCCUGGGAGUCCCCGGGGAUGGAUUUGUCACUGUGGAGCAAGCCUCCAGGCGUAUCCCUGAGGCUCCUUCACUGUUAAUGCCAUUGGGUACCGUGUAGGGAUGGGGGGUGUGAGUCACUCAACCAUCCACACAGAGUUUUCCAUGAGGUGGGCUGUAGCCUCAGCCCUGGGGUUGACAGCCGUGUUGAUGCUGCUGUGAUAUCCCUGCACAGCCAGCCCCUGGUGCCCAAGCACCCAGCCCAGUCCAUGCAGCCAGCCACCCUCUUUCACCUUUCCAGAGGUCUCCAGAGAAUCUGUGCUUUGGAAUCCGAUUAUUCUUGCCAUGGUCGUGCUAGCUACUAAGUGGAGGACUGCAGCUAGGCCAGGAGGAAACCAGUGCCCGUGGACUGUCUCCAGGGUAACCAGUCCCUUCAAGUUCAGGGUGCACGUGGUGGCGUCCUUUUCCUGCUCUAAAGAGGAGAGCAGUUUCCUCGUGGGCCUCUGGUCCAUGGGAGAGCCUUUUCUGUGACUCAGAAGUGACAGAAACUGGCCACAGGUAGCCAGGCCAAGCACCCUCAGCCCCGGUCCCUGCAGCACGCUGCCAUGGGCCCCUAGCCAGAUAUGAGAAGCUCUUGACUCCUGGCUUUCCGCUUCCCAACUGUAGGCCACCUCAAUGGUCUUCCUAGAAUUCUGUGCAGCCCGGUAACAGAAUUAGGAAAGAUCACUGGGUAAAAUAGUGAAGGGUAAGGUCACGAAUGGGCUGCCUUGCUAUGAGCCCUUGUCUCGACGUCUUUGUCUAGAUUCGGGAGUCCCCAGCAGCUGCCUGGUCAGUGCCACUGGGGUGAAAACCCUAGAGUAGCUCACUCACGCCCUCGGGGAGCUCACACACCUGAAAAUCAGGUGGAGAUGUGUAUGGCACGUGGGCGUUCCGAGAUGCAAACACUAACAGCCUGGCGAAAGGAGAGAACAUCAGGUCUCGAGGGGCAAGGGUAGCCAUGAACUGCUGAUCCGCCCGCUGCCUUCUGGGCUGGUAGGCAUGUGCCGCCACAUCUGCAUUCAUCCGUGUUGAGUCUCUGAGAAGUUUUGUUUGGUUGAUUCGGUUUUUUGGGACAGGAUUUCACUAUGUAGUCCUGGCUGCCCUGGAACUCACUCUGUAGACCAGGCUAGCCUUGAACUCGGCGAGCCUCUGCCUACAGUGCUGGGAUUAAAGGCAUGCACCACCAUACCUGGCUGAGUUCAGUUUUUAGUGCUAUCUGGUGGUCCUUUAUUUGAAUCAGUCACAACCCAGCCUUUGUACUGUGAGCACUUGUGGUGUUUCUCCUUGAGGGUUAUCCCGAAUAAAGCUGCUGUAAAAGCUGUGGUGUUUGGUGCGCACACUGCUCCGCUCAGAAGUGGGCUGAUUUUUUACCCAAAAUGUUCCUUUCUGAUGUUCCUUUCUUUAGUGUGUAAAGGCCCCAGUUCCACUUCUUAUCUGUAUUAAGUAUUAUCAGUCUUUAAAGUCAGUGGUUCUGAUGGCAACCCGGAAGUUGUCCUAGGGGUCAGCAUUCUAACAAAAGCCUAAUGAUACUUUUCAGCAUUAAAGCGAACAAAGGACAACAAAAACUGUCUUUCUAGAUAGCCCUGGCUGUUCUGGAACAUACUGUGUACACAGGCUGGCCUCAAACUCAGACAUCCUCCUGCCUCUCCUCCUGAGUACUCGGAUUAAAGACAUGCAUUACCAUA